CACGCUUUCUUAAUUUCGACUUUUCUCAGGUUGAGCAAAAUCCAGAAAGAUAUUUUUGGGCUUUGGGGGUCAUGAUUGAAUUGGCAUGAGUACAAGUUUUGGCACGUGGUUAGGCAGCAUACAAGCCUACCAAUAUAUAAUACAGACAUCUCAUAAAUGAUAAAACAAACACUAUUGUACCCUCACUGCACAAAAGAAAACUCUGAGAAAAAAUGGCCGCAAAACAGAGCAAUCUCCAUGCUAUCAUCAUCCCUCUACCGUACCAAGGCCACAUCAACCCACUAGUGAAUCUUGCUCUUAAAAUCGCCUCAAAGGGCAUUAAAGUCACAUUUGUACAUCUCGAGUUCGUUCACCUCAAGCUAUCAAAGGCCCACCACAACACCACCAGCAGCAUCGACUUGUUCUCCGAGGCCCAGAAUUCGGGCCUCGACAUAAGUUACACGACAAUCGGUGAUGAAUUUCCUCUCGAUUUUGACCGAGACCUCAACUUCUCUACGUACUGGAAUUUCCUCGUUCGGGAUUUCCCGGCCCGUGUAGAUGAAUUUGUCGGGAAUUUGAUUAAAUUGGAUCCCGGCUCGGCCCAUUUUGUAGUGGCCGACCCGAUAUCCUCGUGGCCUGCGGCUGUUGCGGAGAAGUACAAUCUUGUGUAUGUUGGUAUGUGGACACAAGCGGCUUUUGUGUUUUGUUUGUCUUACCAUUGGGAGCUUCUUAGAGAAAAGGGUCAUCUCACGUGCAAAGAAAACGACGACUUGGAGAUAGACUACAUUCCCGGCGUCCCGUCGAUCUGCACAAGGGACCUCAUGAAAUAUAUCGACCCGCAACACGUAGUGUCCGAGGGCAUGUCGAUCGGACUUAAAGACACCCGAAAGGCCGACUUCAUCCUCCACAACACAAUCGACGAGCUCGAGCCCCACGCCCUCUCGACCCUCAACCGACUCUACCAACCCAACUACGCGGUGGGGCCCACACCCUUCUACCCCAACCUCCCCACGCGCUCAGUCCCCAAGAGCUUCUGGCCCGAAUCCGACUGCGCGGGCUGGCUCGCCUCCCGGCCCGCGGGCUCCGUCUUAUACGUCUCGUUCGGAAGCAUCGUCCAAACUAGUGAGAACUUGAUCCGCGAGGUGGCCCACGGGCUCCUAUAUAGCGGCGUGAGCUUUAUAUGGGUCGUUCGUGACGACUCGACUAAUAAUGUUUUGCCAGUCGGGUUCGAAGACGAGAUUAAAGAUAAAGCGUUGGUCGUGCCUUGGUGUGAUCAAAUAGGGGCUCUGUCGAGCCCUGGAGUCGGGGGUUGUGAUCGGGAUCAACAAAGCAAGUCCCAUGCCCUCAUCUUCCCUCUCCCAUACCAAGGCCACAUUAACCCUUCCGUCUGUCUUGCUCUCAAGAUCGCCUCAAAGGGCAUUAAAGUCACUUACGUUGUCCUCGAUUAUGUUCACCGCAAGUUGUCCAAAGCCCGCCACGGCGGCCCGAUCAACGACGAUUUAUUUCUUGAGGCCCAAAAAUCGGGCCUGGACAUAAGUUGCUCAACGAUUGAUGAUAGUUUUCCCCUCGAGUUUGACCGGGACCUUAACUUUGCUAUAUACUGGAAUUUCUUGUUUCGUGAUUUUCCUGCCCGUGUGGACGAAUUCGUGGGGAAUAUGAUCCAAUCCGACCCGGAUUCGGCCCAUUUCUUGGUUGUGGACUCGGCUUACGUGUGGCCCACAGCAGUUGCUACGAAAUACAAGCUCGUGCAUGUUUGUUUCUCGACACAAGCAGCUUCGCCUUUUUGCUUGGCUUACCAUGUGGAGCUUCUAAGAGAAAAGGGCCAUCUCGCAUGCAAAGACGACGUCGUAAUCGACUAUAUCCCCGGAGUCCAACCAAUCAGCACGAGGGACCUCAUAACAUAUCUCGACCCGGGAACCGUGGUGGCCGAGGCCAUGUCCGCUGCAUUCGAGGCCGACCGAAAGUCCGACUUCAUCCUCCACAACACGAUCGACGAGCUCGAGCCCCAUGUCCUCCCGACCCUCAAUCGACUCUACCAGCCAAGCUACGCCGUGGGGCCCACUCCCUUCUACAAAAACCUCCCCACAAACGCCAUCCCCAAGAGCUUGUGGACCCAAAUCGACUGCUUGAACUGGCUCGACUCCCGGCCCGCGGGCUCCGUGUUAUACGUCUCGUUCGGAAGCCUCGUCGAGACGAACGAGCACGUGAUCCGCGAGGUGGCCCACGGGCUUCUCUCGAGUGGAGUCGACUUCGUAUGGGUGCUCCGGGAUGGAAUUAUCGGCUCGGGCGACGUUACUAAUGUUUUGCCGGAAGGAUUUAAAGAUGAGAUUAAAGAUAAAGCAUUGGUCGUGCCUUGGUGUGAUCAGAUACGGGUUCUGUCGAGCGCUGCAGUCGGGGGUUUUCUGACGCACUGCGGGUGGAACUCGACUCUGGAGAGCAUGUGGUGUGGGGUCCCGAUGAUUUGUUACCCGUUGACUUACGACCAACCGACGAACGCGAAAAUCGUUGUGGACGAUUUGGGGAUUGGAGUUAGGCUUUGCGAGCGUGGGGGGAGGGUCGAUAGGGUUGAGGUCGGGGAGAGGAUUAGGGAUUUCGUGUCUUUGCCGGUCGGGAAGCGGUUGAGAGAGGAGGCUCGGAAAGUGAAGGAGAAGUUCCGGAGUGCGGUGGAAGUUGGUGGCUCGUCCGAGAGGAACUUCGAUCGGUUUAUUGUCGAUUUGAAGGAAAAAAUCGUGCAAAAGAGAACAUAAANAAUGGGCAAGCAGAGGAAAGGCCAUGCCAUUAUGAUAUCACUCCCAUACCAAGGCCACAUUAACCCAUUCACCAAUCUUGCUCUCAAGCUUGCCUCUAAGGGCUUCACAGUAACUUUUGUCCAUCUCGAAUUCGUCCACCAUAAACUCUCUAAAGCCCAUUCCCAAGAAGAUUUCUUUUCCGAAGCCCAAAAAUCGGGCCUCGACUUGCGUUACGCGACAAUCGACGAUGGCUUCCCACUAGAAUUCGAUCGUGAAGUCAACAGGUCCAUUUAUUGGGAGAAAAUGCUGAAAGACUUUCCGGCUCACGUGGAUGAAUUUGUAGGGAAAAUAGUAAAUCAAUGUGCCGAUUUCCGAUAUUUCUUGGUAACCGACACCGUUUUUUCAUGGCCUACAAUGAUUUCCGAUAAGUAUAAUCUCGUGAAUGUCUCGUUUUGGACAGAACCUGCUCUGGUUUUCUCUUUGCUUUACCACUGGGACCUCUUAUCCGAGAGGGGUCAUUUUCCAUGUCCAGAAAACGCUAGCGAAAUAAAUUACAUUCCAGGAGUGAAGCCCAUCAAUGCAAGGGAUUUGAUGUCAUACCUUAAGGAAGCCGGAUUAGACGAGACGGUGAACAAAAUGUUGACUUUGGCAUUUAAGGAAGUUAAGAAAGCAGAUUUUACAUUGCACAACACUGUCGAGGAACUAGAACAGGACACAUUAGCAGCACUCGACAAGUACCAGCCCAAUUACGCGAUCGGCCCAAUUAAUUUCUCGAAAAUCCUACCCACAAAUGUCAUCAGCCAGAGCUUAUGGUCCGAAUCUGACUGCACCCAAUGGCUCGAGUCUAAGUCCCCUGGCUCGGUGCUUUACGUCUCGUUCGGAAGCUGCGUGACAGUUAGCAAGCAUAUUAUUGAGGAAAUAGCUUACGGGAUUAUUUUAAGUGGAGUGAACUUCAUAUGGGUUGAUCGAGAAGGCAUUCUCGGUUCAUUUGGGUUCGAAAUCGAGGUUAAGGAAAAAGGGUUGAUAGUUCCCUGGUGUGAUCAAAUUAAGGUUCUUUCGAGUUUGGCAGUUGGGGGAUUUUUAACGCAUAAUGGAUGGAAUUCGACUGUGGAGAGUAUGUGGUGUGGGGUCCCCAUGAUAUGUUGCCCGAUAGCGUGGGAUCAAACUGUUAAUCGAAAAUUAGUAGUCGAUGAUUGGAGAAAUGGGAUUGAUAUAUGUGAUGGGGAGUCUAUUAGUAGAGGUGAAGUUGCUGAGAAAGUUAAGAGUUUUAUGGGCGGGAGUUUGAUUUCGAAGAGUGUAAGAGCGGAGGCGGAUAAAGCAAUGGAGGCAAUGCGGAAGGCGUUAGGAACUGAUGGGUCGUCCGAGCGAAAUUUCGAUCGGUUUGUAAGGGAUUUGGAGGCUUUGAUUCAAGAGAAGGCACACAUAAAUUAAAGAUUCAAGAGAAGGCACACAUAAUCUUGGCCUCUCUCCCUCUUAGUUCUCUUAGUAUUCUAGAAAUUCUAGUAAUUUAAUUUAGUGUUCGAUUGUUCAUUAGCCAUCUUUAAUUAUUUACUAGGUUUGCUUAUUUAAUAUUAAGAACAUUUUAAGCUCGAUUUUUAUAAAUUUAAGUUAUGAAAAUAUCGAGUUCUAAUAAUUUUUGGAGCCAACCAUGUCCCAACAAUGUUGGUUGUCGAGGACACAUUGAGAAAUUGUUUAAAUCCGUAGACGAGGCGGCAUCCAAACUUAACUCAUUUUCCACAUUUAACCAAUGUAGAAAAACUCAAACUGUGCCAGUGAGCUACAAGAUAUUUACUUAGGCUCGAUUCUCAUACUUAAUAAAGAAAUCAUGUUUCAACAUGUCUGUCCCACCAUGAUUUUAAUAGAUACAUACACAAUGUACUCUAUUACAAAAUUUACAGUCAAAUAAUUGACAUAAUGAGUGGUAACAUCAUUGAGUCUGAGGGAAAAGAAGAAAAGAUGCUAUUGUCAAAUUCUCAAAUUCAUGGUUUCUUUCAAAUUGCCCUAUGGUGCAGUUAAGUUCCAUCUUAGGAGCCACACAUUAAUUCCACUAUUAUUAAGGUCUUUUGAAGAUGACCAGAUGGUCCAGAUUGAAUUUUCUUUGCCAACCACUCAAACAUGGUCAUUUUUUCAUUUAAAGAUAAUAGGAAUUUUCCGCUUCACUUCUAGGAUUCAGCUUCGUGUUUCAUUUGGCACCUAGAGUGAAUCAUGUGUUAUUGAUUGUUUCAAAGCAUCGUAUAUUAUUGGAAAAAAAUAUUUAGA